AUGUCCUUGGCCUCUAAAGAAGCAUUCAGCAAGCUUCCCCAGAAGUUGCACAACUUCUUCAUCAAGUUUCCCCCCAGACCGUUUGCCGAAUAUUCGGAAAAGCCUUCGACUAUAGUGGAUCCCAAGUUUAAUCCAUUUUUGCCCAAUAAGAACCCAGAAACCGGUAAAUGGCACGGUGCCAAAUACUCUUUGAGACGUUCGUCUGACUUGUUCAAGAUGGCCCGUAAGUUCGGAAUACAGGAUCUCUUGCCUCCUAUGCCUAAGAAGUUCUACGAAGAAAAGUACAACAACAAGAACUGGAUGAGAGGAGUAUUGACGCAGAAGAAACAGAAAUGGGAAAGAGAAUUGCCCGAAAAAUUGGAGGCUCGAGAAGAUGCCAUUGCCAAGAUGGACGACAUAAUUGCUGCUGCCAGACCCAGAUACAAGAGACAGCUCGAGAAGAAAAAGAAGAGAGAACAGACCUGGUUUUAG